AUGGCGAACUGGAAGUACAAAACUAUAUCCCAGGCUAGGGAAGCGCGCAGACAGUGCAAUAGAGAUGCGCAGAGAAGAUACAGAGAGUAUGUGUUUAGUCUAAGCCUACUUGGUAUAGCUCAAGAGCCUUCUAACUUUGAUACAGCUUCACCUUUAGAUAACACAAUGAGGGACGAAAUAGAAGAAGAGGAACUAACCACGGUUGGAUCUCCAGAGGCAAGGGCCCAAGUAGCCUUGGCUGAGGACAUCCAAGUCGAGAGAAGAGGAUCGAAUCCACCCAGGCCAUCACUCACUCCAUUGGAGCGCGUGGCUAAUAUCGAACAAAAUCUUGAUGAGCUCUUGAUUAGCGUCGAAGACGCACGUGUUCAGCAGUCUUUGCAAGAUUUUGUCGCGCGUAUCGAACCCAAGUUCAAAGAUCUCGCCAACUGGGUGCACCAAACAGAGCAGUCUGCUGUACGGCAAGAUGUGUCCAUGCUGAGUAUCCAUUACAAUCCGAAUGCAUUGGCCGCAGUUCGGGACAAAUUGUACAAAAUCAUGGCGGAUACGAUCGAGUCACUUAGUACGCAAAUAUACAGGUUCCGUGCUCAGCAUAGGUUUAUAGCGGAGAUUAAUCAUCUUAGCGCACAAGUGGAGAAUGCCAUGGGUCGGGUGGUUUAGAUACUGUAAUGAAUCGAAGUAUGCUUCUAUUUAUAUUGCCUCAGUAGCAAUUGAACAAUCACUAUCCCCUCUGUCUUCUGUGCGUCACCUGCUCGCUUACUUAGGCUGAUAUGCAAAAGC